AGGAUAUAAAAGGUCCGUUCAAGCUGCGUUCAAGUCGUUUUGGAUCUUUUUGUGAAGAGAGGCAGUUUACAAAGAUACUGAAUCAUGAAGAUAAUGCAGGAAACAGAAGACGCACGCAACGACAGAAAGCUAAUAAAAUCCCAAGCGGAGAAGCGUCGACGUGAGCGGAUGAACCACAGUCUGGAGCGUUUGAGGAUCAUGUUGAUGCACCAGCCACAACAGGAGGAAGCGUCUCAGCGUCGUGUGGAGAAGACUGAGAUCCUGGAGAACACGGUCCUGUUCCUGCACAACACGGCCACCAAAGCAAAGACCACACCGAGCGAACCAUCGUUCCAAGACGGCUUCUCCGCCUGCCUGCAGAGGGCCGCCCAUUUCCUGGGCCCCGAGGUGAAAGGCCUGUGGCUGGUGGCCGCCUUGGACACUAAUUCCUUCGCCGGGCGCUCCCUGGAACACCCAUCCUCCGCCUCCUCCUCCUCCUCCUCCUCCUCUAUUGUGCACGUCCCGACACACAAGUCCAAGCACAGGUUUCUGGGACAAGCCCCGGGGGUCUCAUCCGGCGCCCAGCCCCUCAGGACCCUCUCACAGGCACAGGGGCCAAACUGGCCGGAGACAUGUGUGGAAAGCCACUCGGCCAGCCCCGCCCCCGGUCACACUCUGUGGAGGCCGUGGCCUUGAUUCCUCGCCCGCUUUGAACUUUGACCUCCAUCAUGUAUAAAUGACCUUUAUAGGUCAACGUGACCUUGAGGCUGUAAAUAAUGUAAAGACAUCGUUUGUACGUAGAUGUAUAUGUCACAUGUCCAUGCACCCGCCGUAGAAAUGACCCCCCCCCCCCCCCAAGAUGUCAGCUUGAUUAUGCGGCAACCUCUGCUUCAGAGGUGUGGCGCUUCCGGCGUUGGAGGCGGGCAGAGUACCCAAGACGGUGCAUCUUCAUGCAUAAACAAUCUUUGUCACCAUUUCUUGAAACAAAUAUAUAUAUGACUUGUAUAUUUUGCACAUUAACUUAUUAUUUAUGUCCAGACAUUUACUUU